AUGGCCGACGAAAAGUCUGUGCCGACCGUCAACGACGAGAUUCACGAAGUCGGAAAGGCCGAACACCAUGGCCACCACUCAGUUCAGGAUGUCAAUCGGACCAAGAACUUGGAUGCUAAAAUCAGCAAUCCGUUGGCGGACAUUCCCUACGACGACCUGAUGCAUGACGUGGAAGCAUUUGCUUCAGCCAAAGGUCUCAACGACAAACUCGAUCUCCUGCGCAAAGGUGCUUUGGUGGCACAAGACCCAGCCAAUUUUGAGAAUCUCGAUGUCCUCGAUGAAGAGGAGAAGGAUGCUCUGCGAUUCGAGGUUGCCCAUAAGUGGCGACAUCCUCUCCAGCUUUAUGUUACCAUCGUCAUCUGCUCGAUCGGUGCCGCUGUCCAGGGUUGGGACCAGACUGGAAGCAACGGAGCCAACCUCUCCUUCCCGCAAGAAUUCGGCAUCGGCCACGGCGAAGAAAUCGGCCAUCCAAACCAAGUCCGCGACAGCUGGCUUGUUGGCAUCGUCAACGCCGGUCCAUAUCUCGGAUCGGCCUUCCUUGGCUGCUGGCUCGCAGAUCCCGUCAACUUCUACCUGGGCCGUCGAGGAACGAUCUUCGUCUCUGCCAUCUUCUGUUUGAUCACACCCAUCGGAGGCGCCCUCAGCCAGACCUGGGAACAGCUCUUCAUCACUCGCAUCCUGAUGGGAAUCGGUAUGGGACUCAAAGGUGCUUCUGUGCCUAUCUUUGCGGCGGAGAAUAGCCCGGCGAGGAUUCGUGGUGCUUUGGUCAUGACUUGGCAGAUGUGGACCGCCUUCGGUAUGUUCUUGGGCUACUGCGCCAACCUCGCCGUCUAUCAAGUCGGUGAUAUCGCCUGGCGACUGCAAAUCGGAAGCGCUUUCAUCCCGGCUGUGCCUCUCACGCUCGGUAUCUACUUCUGUCCAGAAUCUCCUCGAUGGUUCAUGAAGAAGAAUCGCUACGAGAAGGCGUACCAGUCGCUGCUCAAGCUUCGCUUCCACCCACUGCAGGCCGCACGAGACUUGUACUAUAUCCACUGCCAGCUCGAGAUCGAAGAGAGCAUUGUCGGCAAGACCAACUAUGUCAGCCGUUUCGUCCAGCUGUUCACAGUUCCUCGCAUCCGUCGUGCUACGCUUGCCGCUUUUACGGUCAUGAUUGCACAGCAGAUGUGUGGUAUCAACAUCAUCUCGUUCUACUCUGCGACUGUCUUCCGACAAGCCGGUACCAGCGAGAGGGUCGCCUUGAUCGCCUCGUUCGGCUUUGGUCUCGUCAACUUCGUCUUCGCCUGGCCUGCAAUCUGGACAAUCGACACAUUCGGCCGACGCGCCCUCUUACUCUUCACCUUCCCAAACAUGGCGUGGUCAUUACUCGCGGCGGGCUUCUGCUUCUUGAUCCCACAAGGCCAGACCGCUCGUCUGGCUCUCAUCGCCUUGUUCAUCUACAUCUUCGCGGCAUUCUACUCGCCAGGAGAAGGACCAGUCCCUUUCACCUACAGCGCCGAAGUCUUCCCUCUCAGCCACCGCGAGGUCGGCAUGGGUUUCGCGGUGGCUACGUGCCUGUUCUGGGCUGCAGUGCUGUCCGUUUCAUACCCAGCUAUCCUUGCUGCUUUCACGGCAACAGGCGCUUUUGGCUUCUACGCUGGUCUGAACCUCGUCGCCUUCGUCAUGAUCUUCCUCUUCGUCCCCGAGACCAAGCAGCGGACCCUCGAGGAGCUGGACUACAUCUUCGCCGUGCCAACCAACAAGUUCAUCUCCUAUCAAACCGGCAAAGCGGCACCAUGGUGGUUCAAACGCUGGAUCCUCUGGCAGCGCAACGUCAAGCUGGAGCCGCUUUACACCUUCGACCACGUGAUGGAGGAGGCGACGUCGAGGAAAGUGAGUAUUGCUUGA